AGAUGGUGGGAUUUCCUAUCGCAAAAUUGGUCACUCUAGUUAUCAAGCAAGUGUCCAAACCACUUGCCAACGUAGCCAAGACUCGGGCGAAGAAUAGCCAUUUCUUCAGAACUUAUAUGUUAAUGCCACCCGCCCAGUGAGGAUAUAAAGUUGACCGAGAGGGAGAGAGGGAGAGAGAAAGAAACAGACAGUAAGAGUGAAUAAAAGAAAGAAAAGAAAAGAAAAAGAAACAAAAUCAAUGGCUCCCAUUUUUCCCCUAGCAAAACUUGCAUUUCUGUUUGUGAAACAAGUGGCACGUCCUCUAGCCAGCAGCAUAAAACGCAAGGCAGUUAGAAGCGUCCUGUUUAAGGAGAAAAUUUGCCUGCCUCCAGCUCGACUUUACCACUGGUGCGAGGUGCGCAUGAAGAUGUAUGUCAUGAAUCUUGGACGGUCUAGUCAAGGGUCAACCAUACCACGUUUGAGUGAGGAAGCUGCAAUUGAACUAGGGGCUAAUUUGCUAGGUGAGGGAGUAAUAUUUGGAAUUGCCGUGGCCAUCCUUGGCUACGAAGUUGUUCGACAAAAGGAGAAAGAGCGCAAGAAGGAGCAGGAUGAGUCAGACUUCAUCAUCAGCUUAGAGCAGCGCAUCAAUGACCUUGCUUUUGCCAAUGAGGAGUUGGACACGAAGGUGCGGGAGUUGACAAGGAACAUGUAUGCCACACAGCAUCAGUUGCAGAUACAAGGAGCAACCCUGCAAAUGAAGGCCCACGAAGGACAAGCAGGAGGAGCAAGCAGUGGGAACCUCACCAGAGCCCUGGUGGAGGCAAAGAACAAAAUUUCUAGCUAGACUUGUUUAAGGGUGUACAUAUAGAGUUUUUUCUUUCGUCUUCUUUAGUGAUACAAGCAGUGGGAACCUCACCAGAGCCCUGGUGGAGGCAAAGAACAAAAUUUCUAGCUAGACUUGUUUAAGGGUGUACAUAUAGAGUUUUUUCUUUCGUCUUCUUUAGUGAUACUUUUUAAUCUGUUUUGAUUAAGAUUUGAUGAAGACCCAACAGAGAAUGUCUUAACAGUAUUUAAAAAAGAAAGAAAGAUAAAGAUAAUGAUGAUGAUAACCAUUGGUAUAAUGCCAGAUAUCUUGGUCACUUUUUCAUAUAGUGAAAUCAUGCUGAUAUUUAAAAAAAGGUUGUGAAGUAUUUAUUUUCUGACAUAUUUCUUCAGAUGAAAAUAGAUUUUUGUUAGAAUACAAUUCUACUUUUUAUCAUAAUUUGAAUGUUCCAAUUUGUUUCAUUCUGUCUUAUUUUGACGAACAAUGUUGACAAGAAGUAAAUUGCUUUUACUUGAAUAACUUUAGAUUAUUUAUAAAAACACAUAGUAAAACGAUAAAUACCAAAAAUGUUAAAUUAAUAUUUGUUGAAAGGCUCAAAAUGCAUAUUCAUAAUUUAUUUAUUGAUGCUCAGGAAUAGAAGUGCAAUGAAGAUUAGUACACAAAACUCAAGAGCAUGGUGUGUGUUUUUUUUAUGGUAAUAUCUUCAUGAAAUGUUAAAAGAACUUCAUAAACUUAAGAAAGCAUUUUCAAAGCUGAAUUUGUGCUGGAAUGUAAUCUAAAUUGAUAUUAUCUUCAAUGCACUUUUUUUUUUUUCUCUCUUUCUUUCUCCCCCCAUUAUUUGCUCAUGGGGGGGGGGGGGGGAUUUGACAAGAACACUGAAUCUUCCAUGUGUCUUAAAAAAAGUAAUAUAUAUAAUUAAAAUCCAAGCACAAAUUCUGAUAUAGCUAUUCACUUGGACAUUCAAUAUAUACUAUAACCUUUAUUAAAUUAAAAAGAAAGUCUUGUGUGAAAAAAAAUGUUUAUCAGUUUAUUAGGUAAUUUAAUAUUUAACAGUAAAAAUUUUAAAAGGUCACAAUUAAAAUGUCAUAUUGAAAAGAAAAAGUCUUGAGUCAAAAGUAAAAUAACUUUAUUAGUUUGUAAGGUUAUUUAAUAUUUAUUAGGUACUAACUGUUUAUGAUAUCAGUUUCUCUUCAUGCACUGUGAAAUAGUUUGUAUAUAGGUUGUACUUGUAAUAAUAUCCUAGUGUAUAUACACUAAGUGUCUGUAUAUAAAAAGAUCUUCUGAAA